AUGAUCUUCUUUGUUAACUGCGGAUCGGCAGCAGAAGUGAAAUGUGUGGAAUUUCGUUGGAAGUACAGGGUGUUGGAAAGUCAAGUACGAGUCCAUGCUGCCGAAUGUGAUCUCAUUGAAGAAGCGAUUUCUCUACAAUGUCUAUCACCACUCGUGGAAUAUGCUACCAUCGAUCGAUAUGUGCUCCAUCCACCAUUGAGCGAUAUCGAUCAACAAUGCAAUCAAUAUAAAGAAUAUCGCGUUUGUACCACUGGAAUCGAUCCGAAAUGCAGGAAGUCUCGAGCACCAAAUGUUGAACGAAUGUACGAAGGAAUGUGUGAAGAAAAUUUCCGAAGUCUUAUUCGAGAGGAAUUGCAGUGCUUGUCAACAUUAGAAAGGGACCAAAAACUUAGAGAAUGCUUUGUAAAUCGAACAAACACGCUUCGUGAUGAGGACCCAGCUAAUCCACCCAAGCCGGAUGUUUCCUAUUCGUCCUAUGAAUGUUUGAUCACUCAGAUCUAUGUGGAUUGCCUUCUCGAACGUCAGGAAAAGUCAUGCAAGGAAGCUAUCAAGCUAGAAAUGGCGAUGCUAUCGAUGCUAGCAGCUCGAAAUGGGAGUCAAUGCGUGCUUCAAACAAUUCCAAGAAAACGACCACCACCAGCGGCGCUGCCCUUGGAGCAAUGCGAUAAACGCGGAAAGUGCAAAUGUCGUUUGGAAGGAUAUGUCUACGAUGCGGAAUCGAAGAAAUGCCUAGACAUCGACGAGUGUGACACUCUGGAUCCGGGUUGCUCACAAAAAUGUGUAAAUCAUCCUGGUAGUUAUUCUUGCGUCUGUGACCCUACCUAUUUCCGUUUGGAUAAGGAUAAUAAGACUUGUGUUAGAAUCGAUAAAGAUCCAAUGUGGCUCUUCUUUGCUCAUGGUCAAUCAAUUUGGAACAUUUCGCUAAGCGGAGGAUCAUUUGAGCUGCAAAAAGCUGGCCUACAGAAAACCGCUGUGCUAGAUGUCGAUGUUGCUGAACGACGGAUCUACUAUGCUGACGUUGGCUCAAAUUCUAUCGAAAGGCUAAACCUUGACGGAACUUUCCCACAUGUGGUGCAGAAGUAUGAAGUUGAUGCUCUAGAGGGAAUAGCUGUUGACUGGGUUGGGAGGAAUCUCUACAGUUUGAGGAGAAAUGACAUUUUGGUGCAGACUUUGGAUGGAAAAUAUAGAAGAGCACUUUACAAGGGAGUGAUGCGUCUACCACGUGCUAUAGCUGUGCACCCGGCAAAGGGAAUAAUGUUCGUCUCCGACUGGUCUUCGUAUGCUUUCAUCGCUGCCGCUUCUAUGGAUGGCACAUCAUUCAUGAAAAUCAUCACUGACCGGAUUACAUGGCCGAAUGCUCUCGCUGUGGACAUCUACAGCGAUAAAAUCUACUGGGCCGAUGCGUACAAUGACGUCAUCGAAGUAGCAAACUUGGAUGGAUCCGGUCGGCGUUUGAUCAUUUCGGAUUCUGGCACGGUUCCACACGUUUUCGCGCUGGCAGUAGCCGAUGAUCUGAUUUACUGGAGCGAUUGGACUUAUAGAGGCCUGCUCCGCGCCAGCAAAAUCACUGGCGAAAAUGUUACCGUGGUCGCGCAGACGGCUCUACUACCUUAUGGUUUGAAAAUCUUCCAUCCGUCACUACAACCUCAAUUCCCAACUCUUUGUGACUCUCUUCAUUGUGAACAACUCUGUCUGCUUGGCCCAGAUCGCAGUGCCAGAUGCGCUUGUGGUGAAGGUUACGAGCUUCAUGAAAAUGCUAGGAACUGCACUAGUAACUGUGAUGCGAAGCAUUUCGAAUGUGGAGGAUCGGAAGCAAGGUGGGUUUUUGUUUGCUUAUAA